AUGGCGUUGUACAGCGGUCCACUGCUGCCACCUGAUCUGGCCACACCAGCGGUAGCUGGAAGUGCAACCAUCAGGCAGCAGCAUGAGAAGAGAGCGGUCGCCGCAACUCGGGCAAUGCCUAUGCUCAUGAUGGCCAAGGGGGCCAGUUACCUCUGCAUUUCGUUCCCCUUGUGCUCCGCCGUCCCCGCUCCAACUCCACUCCACCGCACGCGCCGCUCAAAACCCUCGUCUUCACCGACGGCCCAGGGCACCCUAGGGGCGAGGGCCGCGGUGCUGGCCGAGCUCCUGCACCCCGGGCGCGACCCAGACGAGGCGGACGAGAUCUUGGCCCGCCUGCUCUUCUGCACCCACCACACCCUCCCGGACCCGCCCGUCUCCGCCGCCGUCCGCCUCGCCGCCCUCCCCCCCGGCGACGCCGCCUCCCCGACGCGCUCCUCCGCGGCGUCGUCUCCCUCCUGCCAGUCAAGGACGCCGCGCGCACCGCCGCGCUCUCCCGCCACUGGCGCGGGGUCUGGCGCUCCGCCCCGCUCGUCCUCGCUGACGCGGACCUCUCCUCCUCCCCGGCCGCCCCCGCCCUGUCCCGCGUCCUCGAGGCGCACCCGGGGCCCUUCCGCUGCGUCCACCUCACCGGCAGCUGCACGGAGGAGUCCCGCCACCUGCUCGCGCCCUGGCUCCAGCUCCUCGCCGCCAAGGCCGUGCAGGAGCUCGUCCUCGUCAACCGCCGCUCCCCGCUCGACGUCGUCCUCCCCGCCACGUUCCUGCCCACGGCCACCCUCACCCGCCUCCACCUCUGCUUCUGGAAGCACGGCCGGGCUCCCGCCGGGCGUCUCUUUCCCCAACCUCUGCGAGCUCGGGCUUUACAGCGUCGUCGUCGAGAGCCGGGAUCUGGACUUCAUGCUCGACAGGAGCCCGGUGCUGGAGACGCUCUGCGUCGAAGGGAACCUGUUCACCCUCCGGCUGCGCCUUGUCAGCCAAAGCCUCCGGUGCGUGCAGAUCAUCGGGUCCUUCUUGGAGGAGAUCUUCGUGGUGAACGCCCCACUCCUUGAGCGCCUCAUCAAUUUGGAAGGUUGGACCGGUGAUGCCAGAUGCACCAAGGUCAAGAUUGGCCAUGCCCCCAAGCUGCAAUUGUUGGCAUACUUGCAGUUGGACACACGGAAUCACGUCCUCGAGAUCGGCAACACAAUCAUCAAGGCUGGUACAAGGGUGAGCCCAAGAACCAUGGUAACAAGUGUGACAGUCCUGGCUUUGGAGGUGCGUUUCGGAGUGCGCAAUGAUGCCAACAUGAUUCCCAGUGUCCUCGGAUGCUUUCCUAAUGUCGAGACACUCUACAUCAAGUCUGGAAAGCCUGAUCAAUCAACUGGCAAGCUCAACCAAAAGUUCUGGCACGACUCUGGUGCCAUAGAAUGCACCCGUUCACGCAUCAAGCAGCUGAUUUUUCAUGAUUUCCAAGGGGAUUGAAGUGAGCUCGCCUUCCUCAAAUACUUCGUCGAGAGUGCAUUGAUGCUCAAGCAGGUGGUGAUCCUUUUGUCCUCUGGCUCAACUUUGGCGGCGGAGGAGGUGCAUUCCAAAAUGGCGAAUGUGAAACGGGCAGGUGAAGUCUCCAUAGCGCUGGUCACUGCUAUUCCGGUCUUCAAGGACGUUUCAAGAGAGGGUCUGAGUUUUCUCUUGGCGACCUUUUGUCUCUUUUGAAAUUUUGAAAUUUCCUUGUGCAAACUAUUGAAGCCACAACAGGUGCGUGCGACGCAAAUUGCCUUGGAAGUUAUUGGAAUGUCCUGUUCCUGUGGUCUGUGCAUGCAAGGCACCGUUGAGGUUUGUUUUCAGUGUUUGGAUAUCCGCCCCGUCGACUCUUGUUCCAUGAUUAGCUAUGUGUCCAAGUUAGUAGUUAGUACACUACUUACAGUACCAUUCUGUUGCAACCAUGAAGUAAUUGAUGUUUGGUUGGCAAUCA